AUGGUGGUCCUCGCGGCGUCGAUAUGCACACGAGGCGGCAAGGCCGUCCUCUCGCGCCAGUUCCGGGAGAUCCAGCGAUCGCGCAUUGAAGCUCUCCUCGCGUCCUUCCCCAAGCUUGCCGACAGCGGGACCCAGCACACGACGUGCGAACAGGACAACGUGCGCUACGUAUACCAGCCCUUGGACGAGCUGUACAUGGUGUUGAUCACCAACCUGCAAUCGAACAUCCUGCAAGACAUCAACACGCUGCAUUUGUUCGCCCAGGUCGUGUCGUCGAUAUGCAAGUCCAUGGACGAGCGCGAGAUCUUGAAGAAUGCGUUUGAGCUUCUUACGGCCUUUGACGAAAUCGUCACACUGGGAUACAGGGAGAACUUGACCAUGAGCCAGAUCAAGACGUUCCUGGACAUGGAGUCUCACGAGGAGCGCAUCCAGGAAAUUAUUGCGCGGAACAAGGAGCUCGAGGCUUCAGAAGAGCGCAAACGCCGCGCCAAGCAGCUCGAGAUGCAGCGCAAGGAGAUGUCGAGAUCCGCACGCGCAGGCCAAGGAGGAAUGGGCGGAGGGAUGGGUAGCGGAGGGGGGGGCAUGGCCGGCGGCAUGGGUCGCCAGUCAUCGUAUCCGACCUACACACCCAGCGUACCCACCACUACCGUCACAGACACGUACGACAGCUACGAGGAGAAGAAGAAAGCAACGAGCAAGCCGCUGGCUCUGGGCAAGAAGGGCAUGCAGCUGGGCAAGAAGAGCAAGACGACCAACAUGUUCGACCAGGUAGCCGGGGAUAUGCCACCAGAGAGCGAGCCUCUUGUUACGCCCAAGCCAUCUGCUCCGGCGGCUGCUGCACCAUCAAGCGCUCGCCAGUCCACUUCGACCGACCGCGACGCUGUGCACAUCACCACCAACGAAUCCAUCUCCGCCCGUUUCGACCGCGAGGGUCUCCUCAAGUCCUUCGAGGUCAAGGGUGAGAUGCAGCUCAAGAUCUCCGACCCUUCUCUUACACAGGUCAAGCUCGACCUCGCAUCUGGUGACACUCGUGGCGCCCAGCUGAUGACGCACCCUAAGGUCGACAAGCCCGUGUUCAGAAGCUCAAAGGUCCUCCAGCUGGCCGAUACAACCAAAGGAUUCCCUGCGAACAUGGGCAUUGGUGUCAUGAAGUGGAAGCUUGCACCAAGGCCCGAGGACGUGUCUGACCCACCUAUCACGUUCAGGGUAUGGGUGGAGGAAUCGGGCAGUACAUUCAACAUCACCGUCGAGUACGAGCUCACCGGCGGCAGCCCAUUGAAGGAUGUGACGGUCACUAUUCCCUUCGAGACAGAUGAGCCGACCGUCUCUUCUUUCGACGCAGUGUACGAAGUCAGCGGCGACAGCAUUGAGUGGAACAUUGGCGCUGUCGACGAGGCAAACAGCUCUGGUAGCUUUGAGUUUGAGGCCCAAGCUGGCAGCGAUACAGAAUUCUUCCCCAUGCGGGUGCGGUUUACCAAAUCCACGCCUUUCGUGGACCUCGAUGUCUCCACCGUAACCCUCUUCUCCAUGAAUCAAGAGAUCAGCUUCUCCAAGGAAGUCAAGUCCGUCGCCGACGUGUACGAGAUUGUAUAG